GGAUGCCAGAGCACGCAUGCAUCGUACAUACCACGUGAUUAUCAAAGAAAAAACCCAAAAUGACACCUAGUAACCAUUUUUUUCUAAAUAAGCUAUCUCUUGCUUUGACAGCGAUAACGAGGGUACACUAACACAUUGAUUGUGACCAUGUUUUCGGAUAUGGUACGCUUCAAUCAGUUCUUGUUCGUAUCGUGUAGUUCCCCUGCCAAGAAUUUGGGUAUCUUCUAAAACAGGUGAACAGCCGCACACUCGGCAAUGAGCAGGCAGGUUUGCUCCUCCUCCUGACGUUACAGAUGUUUCGUGUUCUUUUAAGCAGACAUUAAUACAUCGCCCCGUCUAGCCUAUAUACACACAACCACACUUCAACGGUAUGUGAUAAACAUUUUUGAUGCAAGUUGUGAAAUUAUGGCUGGUACGGCAGGCACUCCUAGGUUCACUAUUUUCAAUCCUAGCACAUAGACUUGACAUCUUGCAUGGUGCCGAAAACACGACCCGAACGCCGUGGAGAGAAGUAGACGGAUAGCCAGCGUGCGUCCAUCUGCUUCUCUCCUGGUGUUUGCGUCUUAAAGGCUGGGUUCCAUCAUUUGUAGAAGCAGUGCUAAUGCAGCUAUCACCUCAGCAAGACGUUGGUCUAGUUGGUUCAUGAUAUAGCGCAAAAUUAAAUGCGCGCGAGAAAGACACAGACAAGACUAGACAACGUAAGCUAUCACCUUCGUUUUUGAUUCCAAAUGCCUACAAAACAAAUCUGUUAGGUUUUGAUUUAAACCCACACAAGACACAUGUGUGGUGGCUGCGCCACGACGGUGUCGCCUAAUCCACUGGUUUUCGCCAUGCAGAUGAUCACCGCUGCCCUUUCGCACGUGCUGCUGCCCGCACUGGCGGCUGCUUGUUCCAGGCCUCCCUCUGAGCAUGCGCCCUUUUGUCACCGAUUUUCGGAUCAGCGGGGCAUCGCACAUGACUUCGCCCUUCCGGAUACCUGUGUGCAGCCAACACAGCAAUGGGUGCUCGAUUCAUCGUGGGUUCCUGCAUCGACAUCGACGCUCUCCAGCUCGUCUACUAUAAAAGACAGCCUACCACUCCGGCCGCUCUGUGGGCUUGGUGGCUGCGCCACGACGGUGUCGCCUAAUCCACUGGUUUUCGCCAUGCAGGUUGGUACAAGGCACAGCCUUUUUGCAAAGAGGUGUAGCGACUAUUGUCUGGUGCAGCUUCCGAGCCCACAUUGCUGCCUUGCUCUUAUUGGUGAAUGUGUAGGAGUGAUUCGCCGCUUACUAAUACUCUCUGGCGACAUUGAAACUAACCCGGGACCCGACACGAACGAUGUAUUGAAAGAAUUGCAAAAGAUUUCAGCCAGUCAAAACACACUAAUCAGUGAGGUUCAAGGCUUAAAAAGUCAGAUUGUAAAUACCGAUAAGAUUCUAAUGGACUUGAACAAACGAAUGACCGAACUGGAACAUCAUUACCAGGCCAUGAUACCCCUUCAAAAUGAAUUAGAAGCUGUCAAAUGUGCCUCUGCUCAAACUGCCAGCCUUGUAUCCGUCAUUGAAAAUCGCCUAGACGAUGCAGACAACCGGUCCCGAAGGAAUAAUUUAAUUUUCUAUGGUCUUCCUGAUACUAACCCCAAAGAAACCUUCGCACAAUCAGAAAAGCUGGUCAUUGAUGAAAUCGCGGAUACCAUGAAGGUUAACCUUGAGUCCAAAGAUAUCGAACGUGCUCAUCGCCUUGGUCGCUAUUCACCUAACCGGCACCGUCCCAUCAUUAUCAAAUUCGCAUCAUAUAAAACGAAAGAAUCAGUCCUGUCUAACGGCCGCAAACUGAAAGGCACAAAUUAUAGCGUGAGCGAAGAUUUUUCACCUGCAGUUCGGAACGCCCGCAAACAUCUUAUUGCCUACGCUAAAAGUCAAUCCAUGCCCUUUUCCAUGCGUUUCAAGACGCUCGUCAUGGGUUCCCAGCGCUAUGAAUAUGACGAAUCAACUAAAUCAGUAAAAAAGAUUCAAUAGCAACCAUUGCGCAAAAAACAUGCAGUUAAUAACCGCCCUUCCCCCCCUAGGAAGAACCUUUCCUUAUCUGUUGUUUAUACUAAUGCCCGCAGUUUC